AUGACGAACAAGAUAUAUGAUUUUUUAUGGAAUAACCCAAAAUAUAGCAAGUUAUCUUCUCCGGUUUACUGGGAUUCCACAGGAGCCUGUAGAGUAGUAUCCCACAUCUUCUGCGAUAAGUAUGCUGGUGACUAUCCCUGUAAAAUCGUAAAGGAUGGUCACAGUAAUACUUCUUCACCAGAAGAUAAAACAAUAAUACUACAGAAAUAUGGCGAUGAAGAUUUAAAAAUUAUUGAAGUUAUUGAUCAGGAUGAUCGGCAGUUUUACUUACCUAUGCUGCCUGAUGGCACAACAAAUGAAACGAUAGCUAUUCGCUGCCCUAGUGAUGUCUUUAAUAGCAAUGCCACUUCCAAAUAUCAAGAUCCAACAAAAGGAUCCAUCAUUAAUUUACAACCUGCUAAACUGGUUAUUUCCAUACUACCUACAUCUAAAUCCCCUAGUACAACUGAUGGCUAUUCGAAUAAAACAACAUCAGCCAAGUUAACGAGUAUAUUAUCGGAUACUACCCCAAAAUCUGAUGCUCAAACGGACCAGAUAAAGUGUAUUAACAUAAGUGCCCAUCCUAAUAAUCUUAAUUCGUUACUUUUAUUCAGUAAAUCCCCAAAACCAAUUCCGGAACCGACGCCUCCAUUCUUUCCCAUACAGCCUGUAUCACCAAAUGAACCGCAAGUCUCUGAGAGCGAUUUGAGUCUAGGACAAACGGGUAGGCCACCAACAGAAAAUUUUCCAAAUACCGCAGAUUAUGGACAUGCCAAUAAUCACAUAGAUCCGGAUGCAAUGGAUAAUUAUGGUCGUCCAACAAUGUUAAAUAAUCAUCCAGAGAAUAACCUCCAUGGCGAUGGUGAAAAUAUUACUACCACGAACCAGUCUUUAGGAUGUCCGCAAUGUAUUACUCAUCACGCCUUAUAUAAGAAAUCUGGUAAAACAACGGAAGGCGACUAUGAAGAAUAUCUUUUGCGGCUGUGA